GGUGAUAAUAUAAACAGAAAGAUUUGUGUUAUUGACAGAUUCGUAGUUUUGAGUUUUCAUUUGUUUUGAAGAUGAAUAUGGCGAAUGAAAACACUCUUCCUCUCUACGAUAAAAUUUGGGUGAAGCACACCGUUUCAAGGGUGUUUGAUUCCCUCACUUUGCUCCUUCUCCUCUCGCUUCUUGGUUACCGCGUUUUCUCUCGUGACAACCAUAGCUUCCCCUGGUUUGUAGCUUUCAUAUGCGAGUCAUGGUUCACUUUAACUUGGAUUAUCGUCAUCAGCACCAAAUGGACUCCAGCAUUUACCAAAUCCUACAUACACCGUCUCUUGCCCCGCGUACCUGACCUUCCCCCAGUGGAUUUAUUUGUGACAACGGCUGACCCAGGGCUUGAACCACCCAUUAUCACAAUCAACACUGUGUUGUCUCUGUUGGCACUUGAUUAUCCAGCUAACAAGCUAGCUUGCUAUGUUUCUGAUGAUGGAUGCUCCCCUCUUACCUUCUUUGCGCUUGUUGAAGCCUCUAAAUUUGCUAAGCUUUGGGUACCUUUCUGUAAGAAGUACGAUAUACAAGUUAGAGCACCCUUCAGAUACUUCUCUAAUGACACUAUUGCUAACAAAGGUGGAGAGUCAUCGGAAUUUAUUCAAGAAUCGUUAAGAAUGAAGGAAAAGUAUGAGCAGCUAACUCGUGAAAUUGAAAACGCAGCACGACAGUCAGUUCCACUUGUCGGAGAAUUCGCUUUUUUCUCAAAUACAAAUCUGGGAAAUCAUCCAACCAUAAUUAAGGUAAUAUGGGAGAACAAGGAAGGUCAUUCAGAUGGGUUACCACACUUAAUCUACGUAUCUAGAGAGAAGAAGCCCGAACAUCCACAUAAUUUCAAAGCUGGUGCUAUGAAUGUGUUGACAAGAGUCUCUGGGUUGAUGACAAAUGCUCCCUUUAUCCUGAACGUAGAUUGUGACAUGUAUGUGAAUAAUCCAAAGAUUGCACUGCACGCCCUGUGCAUUUUAUUAGAUUCAAAGGGAGAAAAAGAAGUUGCAUUUGCCCAAUGUAUCCAGCAAUUCUACGAUGGACUAAAGGAUGAUCCUUUAGGAAAUCAGCUUGUGGCUGCUUUUACGUACAUGGGAGGUGGAUUAGCAGGAAUGCAAGGGAUAUUUUAUGUGGGAACAAAUUGUUUCCAUAGAAGAAAAGUAAUUUACGGUCUUUCUCCAGAUCAGAAUAUUCAAAAUGGAAGGAACGAUCUUCAUGUUACCAACGGGAAAUUAUUAGAAAAGGAAAAAAUAUUUGGAACUUCAAAAGGGUUUGUGGAAUCAGCUGCUGAUGCUUUGGAAGGGAAGACAUUUAGUUCCAAUAAUGACCUUUGCAACUCUCUUGAGGCAGCGAAAGAAGUUGCGAGUUGUGGAUAUGAAUACGGCACUGCUUGGGGGACACAGGUGGGUUGGGCCUAUGGAUCAACUUCAGAAGAUUUACUUACUGGACUAAAGAUCCACAAAAAAGGUUGGAGAUCUGAAGUGUGUUCACCAGACCCAAUAGCCUUCAUGGGCUGCUCACCGCAAGAUAUCCUAGGAGUAAUAGGCCAGCAAAAGAGAUGGGCCUCAGGGUUGGUUGAUAUCCUCCUAAGCAAGCACUGUCCUAUUUUUUGCACCCUAUUUGGUAAGCUCCAAUUCAGAGAGUGCUUGGGCUAUCUUUGGGUCAGUAGUUGGGCUUUACGAUCUGUCCCAGAAAUAUGUUAUGCUGCUCUCCCUGCCUAUUGCAUCUUUACCAAUUCCAGCUUCUUGCCUAAGGAACGCAACCUAUGGAUCCCUGCUUCUCUAUUCAUGAUCUACAACAUAUCUACUCUAUUGGAAUACUUGAAAAUGGGGAUUUCGAUUAGAACAUGGUGGAACAACCAAAGGAUGGCACGAAUAACAACCAUGAAUACUUGGUUUUUUGGAUUAUUGUCCAUCAUACUUAAGCGGUUGAGGAUAUCUGACACAGUCUUUGUUGUAACUAGGAAAGACCAAGCAUCUUUUAGUGAGGGCACUAAUGAAAAUGCUGGUAGGUUCAUUUUCGAUGAGUCUCCAACUUUUAUACUUGGAACCACCAUUUUGCUUGUUCAACUUACAGCGUUGCUUAUCUAUUGUUUGGGAUUGCAACCCCCGGUUAGAAGUGGGCAUGGAUCAGGUGUAGGUGAAGUGUUAUGUAGUGCAUAUUUGGUUGCAUGCUAUUGGCCAUUUUUGAAAGGUUUGUUCCAGAAAGGAAAGUAUGGGAUUCCCUUAUCCACAAUAUGCAAGUCAACAGUGUUGGCUUUUAUUUUUGUGCACUUCUGUAAAAGUGCCAUUAGGGGUUGAUCAUGGAAUUCAUUUAGUGGGCUUUAAUGUAUUCUGCUACAUUAAUUUGUUUUCAUUUAUGUUUCCAUAGUGAAAAAUUAGCUAUUGAAACACAUCAGAGUUCUGAAGUAUGGAACAUUUUCUUACGAGAGACGUGCAUCGCUUGCACAACAUAUAACGUGUCAUCUACAAGAUUGUUUUGCUCACGUAAUUACGAGCUAACAUAUGUAAUUUGGUUCACAUAAUUUAAAGCUAGAAAUAUUACGUAAAGUCUUGGAGUUUUAUGAUAAAUGUCUUAAAGGAUUUACCCUAGUCCCAAUUCAUU